UGAAGGAAAGGCUGAGGGUGACUCUUUGACUGUGGGAAGUCGGUCUGACUUGGAGAGAUCAGCCGCGGUGUGUGUGUGUUUCUCUCUACAGCACUACAGCACCCGACUCAGCUCCAGGAAGAAGAGCGAGACUUGCUGCAGACAUCUCCUCUCGAACAAAGUGACUGUAACUUCAAGGAGUCCGGUGACGCCUCGCCUGCUGCUGAGACCCCUUUUGUUUUCCCGCACACCCGCUCUCGCCCUUCUCUGCACCCGGCCAUGCCCACACUGCCUGAGGAAGAGGAGGACUCUCCAGAGGAGAUGGACAGUUCCCCGAACUCUCCCAGCACAUUAGUACCAGGUGAAAGUCGAGCUGUUGUCAUGACUGCGCCCACCAUCGUCUACCCAAAGCAGGCUAAGGUUGUCCAUCAUGAUGGACGUCCGCUGGAACAGGCCAGACCACACAGUCCCAGAGCUCGCGUGGUCAGAAGCUCCCCCGGGGUGCCCAUCACCACAAUUGACAGCACAGGUAAUGUGAUUGACCUGGUGAAAGAUCCGCUCCCAGAGAUGCAACUCUCUGAGGAGGAUCGACAGAAGAACCUGGAGCUGCUUGAAGAGGCCAAGAAGGUCAGCGAUCGCUUCCUGACACGCCGAGGCCGGCGAUCCACCAGCAGCCUCACUGAUUCGCCCACAGGUCUUUCACCGACUCCAACGCCAUCAUCCUCACCGUGUUCAUCGAGAAGCAGCUCACUUACUGUGGCCCCUCAGACCGCAGCAGGACCCUCGGAGACGAUCCAGUAUCAGGAGGUGUUUCCAGGGAGGGAGCAGCCUGAUGCAACCAGCCAGAACCAGGAGGGAAAGCUGUUGGUGGACUGGAAGUUAGCUGACAAAAGGAAAGUGUCCUCGGGGACUCUCACACCUCGUUUUGCUGUUCAGAAGAACGGUGAACCCAAGAGUCCUACAGUUGUCAACAAAUCAGACGAGUCAAAUCGAAGUCCAAACCAGGCUCCAGCCACAGGGGUCGCCAAGCCUGUGCCCAGACCUUCUACUCAACAGGCACCGUGUACAGCAGAGAUUAAGACUAUUGGGGCCUUUCCACCACUAAUGAGAGCUGUUUCCUGGGAUGCUGUAGGCAGCCUUAACUCUAGAAAUGGAGCCCCGGUUUUCCCUUCCACAGCUGAGGACAGUUUCUCAGACAAGCCCAAGGAUGCUGGCUUAAAGACGUCGGGGUACAAGGAUUUCCCCACCCCACCGGUGGGUGCACAGAAGCUGUCUAAACUCAGAGAGGAGCACAAGCUAAUGCGAAACCAAAGCAUUGUGGGAUCAAAGUUACCAGAGCUGAGCGAAGCUGCUGAACAGGAAAAAGAUCCACAGUCAUCACCGAAUACACCUACCAGUGACACAAAGGAAAGAUCCGACGCCAUGCCCAACAUUUCAGAUUUGAUGCUGAGAAAACUCAAACUUCAUCGGGGUCUGCCUGGCUGUGCUCCUCCACUCAGCGAAAAAGAAGUUGAGAAUGCAUUCGUCCAGCUGUCACUGGCAUUUCGUAAUGACAACUACACUCUGGAGACACGACUCAAGCAGGCAGAGAGGGAGAGGAACCUGACUGAGGAGGACACGGAAAAAGAAUUAGACGACUUCAAAGGAGCGCUAAAGAUGACUGCGCCGAUGUGGCAGAACCUGGAGCAGCGCGAAGCCUAUCAGCGCCUAAAAGAGACGGUAGCAGUGCUGCACAGGCUUGCCACACGGCUCUCCAGCAGAGCAGAGAUAGUCGGCGCAGUUCGCCAGGAGAAGCGUAUGAACAAGGCCACAGAGGUUAUGAUGCAGUAUGUGGAAAAUCUUAAGAGGACAUAUGAGAAGGACCAUGCAGAGCUCAUGGAGUUUAAGAAGCUGGCCAACCAGAACUCGAAUCGUUACGGAGUGUCUGUAGACCCUGGAGACGAUGGAGUUCCACGUCCAUCUAGAUCAAUGUCCCUCACCAUUGGAAAGGUGCCUCGACGCAGGGUGAGCGUAGCGGUGGUGCCAAAGUUUAAUCUCCUUAACAUCCCGGGUCAGACCCCGGCCACAGCUGGCCAAGGCUCCAACGCAGGACCCACAACUGGUGCUGCUCUUCCUGUCCUGUGUGAAGCAAAUGACGUGAAAGGCACCACCUCCACAGAGGCUGCACAACCAGGAACAGAAUGUGGAAAGAGUGUGUCGGAGCAGGAAAAUGAGCCAGCCAAGCCUUCAGUAAACCUGGAGGAGCUCCGAGCCGAGAUCAAGGCAAAAAUCGAAGAGGAGGCCUAUCAAAAAGGCUACCAAGAUGGACUGAAGCAAGGCAAAGCGCUUCAGGAAGAGAAAUGUGAAGACGAAAGUGCUGCGGACAAAUUGCUGGAAACAAAAAAUAAGGAUGAAGAGAGCGGAGAGAGGCUUAAGAACAGCAGGAGGAUGGAGGAAGUCCUGGCUGUUGUAGGCGAGUUCUGUCCCAAGGUAUCCAUGAGUCGGCGGCUUCUAUGGCUCACUCUGACGCUGUUUGUGGCUGUGUGUGUGGUGUUCAGUAUUUAUUCAUUCUUCAGUGACUAUUACAACCGACACGAGGACACAUAAGGGAAGAGGAACUUUGUGUGAGACACUGAUUGAGAUCUUUGGACUGGGUGUAAGAGUGCAACGAAAGAACCCGCUAAACAGAAUAACAGAGACCUCAUAAAUCACGUCUCUGCCAGUUUACCAUAUCAUCAGACACACUUGAAUCAAAUGACCUCAAUACUCAAGGGUCAGAGACAUUUUGGGAGGCUUUAUGGCUCGUGAGGCCUUCUUCAUGGUCAGCAGAGAUAAGUUAUAAUUUUGCUUGAAAUGGAAAGAUAAGAUGAUUCUGUUUAGGGACCAAUUAUAUUGUGUGCUGAAAUAGAUAUUUAAUUAAAUUAGAUCUUGUAAUUAUACAUUCUGGUUCUGGUACUUUGAAUGCUGAAUAUGGCACUUUUUCAUUAAAUGCCACAGUAGAAACAUUGUAUAUUUAUCUACACAAUAGAAUCUCUCAGGUUUGAUAGAUAAUGAAGUCCCUGAGAGACUUUUAAUACAUAUUUAAAAAAAUGUUUUUAUCUGUUGUUUUUUCUAUAAAAAAUGUUUCAAAUGUAAGCACAUUCCACAGCAAUUCUUCAAGUGCAAUACUCAGCUCAUGGUUCUCAUUUGUGCCAUGUUUGAUUGUUACUUCAGAGCACUGAGAGAUUUUUUUUCUUGUAUACAAGCACUGUUUAGACUUCGUGAUUCUUUUUCUGUCUUUGUCACAUGUGUGCCGCCUGUGCUGUCUGUUCUCUGUUCAUUUUAUGGUCUGCCACCUCUCCUUUAAAUAAAAAGUGCCUGAACUAUA